AUGGCGGCUUACAAGGUGGCCUGUGCUGGUGAGUCGAGGAGAGCAGUUUGUGACGAAGCAGAUGCUCGUGAAGAUGAAGCUCUGCUGCCUUCUAUUGACAACGAGGGUUACAAGAUCCAUGGAGAAGUUGGCAGUCUGGCGCGAAGAGUGCCAUUGCUUUACUGCUUUUGCGAACCAAGGUUUACAGUGGCAUUCGUGCUGACUUUAGUUCAAGCCUCGUUUAGAGGGAUCUUUGACGCUACUGUGCCAAUCGAAGCACAGUCUCUGUUCCAAUUCUCAUCUCAAAAGGUCGGACUCCUUUUCAUAGCACUCUUUGUGCCACACCUCACACUUAGCCAUGCGGUGGGUAAGUCGGUAGACAAGUAUGGGACAAGGACUGUGGCAACCGUCGGAUUUGCCUUCUUAGUCCCGUGUCUCGCUCUCCUGGGUCUGCCUUCACGGAAAUUGUUUGUUGGAGAUGCUAACAUCGCCUUGUUCUGCAUUAUUCUGGCAUUAAAUGGUAUUGGGUUGUCAAUGGUCAGUACGCCGGCUUUUGUGGAAGCAGUUCAUAUCACGAAAAGGUACGAGGCGUCUAAUCCCGGAUUAUUUGGAGAACAUGGACCCUACGCUCAACUAUAUGGAUUCAAUUGCCUUUUCUUCUUUGGAGGGCUAACAAUUGGUCCCACUGUAGGGGCAAUUCUAUGGGGCACGAUUGGCUAUGGACUCAUGGGUGUUGUGUUCUCAGUCAUUUCUGGGAUCACAGCCGUAUUAGCUUUUUCAAUCAUUGGGGACUGGAAAUGGUGA